UUUCUGCAGCUUAAGUUGUCGAGGUUUCGUGCACGAUGACUGGUGGUGUACAUCGCUUGUCUGUCCAUGCCCACAUGGAUAUAUACGGGAUGCGUGGCUGAAAAAAGAAAGAAAAAAAAGAAGAAAAGGAAAGAAAGACAGAAAGAAAGAAAAAAAGAAGUGAACGAACGAACUCCCGUGGAUGCGACCGUGACUUCCCGAGUCUGGAUACUGGGGAGAUUUCAAUAUCCUCCUCUAUGAUACAAACCUCACCUUUUCAGCCUGGAGAUCCAUUUAGGAGUCUGUACAACGUUUUACUUCUGAGCGCACUUGUCUGACUCAACGAUGAGCUCCGGUGGGAAAUACUGCGUGUUUUUGUUCUUGCUUAAAAGUAUCCUGUCGGACCCGGGAACCUCAAAUCAAGUGAUCCUGUUGGACACUACAACAGUGCUGGGAGAACUGGACUGGAAGACCUAUCCUGUCAAUGGGUGGGAUGCCAUUACAGAGAUGGAUGAACAGAACAGACCUAUACACACCUUCCAGGUUUGCCACGUAAUGGAGCCAAACCAGAACAACUGGCUGCGGUCUGGAUGGAUCCAGCGGCAAGCUGCACAGAGGGUAUAUGUGGAGCUACGUUUCACACUUAGAGACUGCAACUCCAUCCCUUGGGUUUCUGGUACUUGUAAGGAAACCUUCAACCUUUUUUACCUGCAGACAGAUGAGCUGCUCCCUGAAGGGAUGCGGUUUCGGCCUACUGACUACGCUAAGGUGGACACCAUAGCAGCAGAUGAAAGUUUUACACAGACAGAUCUCGGAGAUCGAGUUCUUCGACUCAAUACCGAGGUCAGGGAAGUGGGCCCAAUCACACAGAAGGGAUUCUACUUGGCUUUCCAAGAUGUGGGAGCUUGUAUUGCGCUUGUGUCUGUAAAGGUGUUCUACAAACGUUGCCCCUCAACUUUAAGAAACCUGGCUGCAUUUCCUGAGACAGUGCCGCUUAUGGAAUCGUCCUCUUUGGUGGAAGUGAGAGGCGCAUGUGUGGAGAAUGCAGAAGAGAGGGAUACACCCAAAUUAUACUGUGGUGCUGAUGGAGACUGGCUGGUACCACUGGGUCGCUGUGUCUGUAGCAUUGGCCAUGAGGAGAUGGAUGGCUACUGCCAAGCUUGCAAGCCCGGCUUCUUCAAGGCGUAUGCUGGGAACACUAAAUGCUCCAAGUGUCCUCUACAUAGCUCUAGCCAUGACCAGGCGGCCACCAUCUGUCACUGUGAUAAAGGCUUCUACAGGGCUCUCAAAGACCCCUCAACCAUGGCUUGUACAAGGCCUCCAUCAGCUCCCAGGAACCUGGUCUCAUUGAUCAAUGACACAGCUCUCUUCUUGAAGUGGAUGCCUCCCAGUGAUACAGGGGGCAGGAAGGACAUCACUUACAACAUCCUGUGCCAGCGCUGUGGUGGAAGUGACAGCAGCAGUGUUGUGACACAGUGUGAGCCAUGUGAAUCUGACCUGCACUUCAUCCCACGACCACUUGGCAUUAGUGGUACCUCUGUAGCAAUACUGGACUUUGCAAUGCACGCUAACUACACCUUUCACGUGGAGGCUGUGAACGGGGUCUCUGGGCUGGGUAUGACCACACGCUCGCUGGCAAAUGUGACCAUCAAUACAUACCAAGCUGGUCCUGCUCUGGUGGGUGUAGUCAGAAAGGACUGGGCCUCUCAAAACAGCAUCGCCCUCUCCUGGUCAGAAGUGGAAAAGCCUCCCUCAGACAUAGUGGACUAUGAAGUAAAAUAUUACGAGAAGGAGCAAGAGCACCUCAGCUACUCAUCAACACGGACCAAAACCCCCAGUGUUGUGGUAACGGGCCUCAGACCCUCGACUGUGUAUGUUUUCUAUGUGCGAGCUCGCACUGCUGCUGGCUACACAGCGUUCAGCCCCAACUUUGAGUUUGCAACUGCAGCCGAGGAUCCUGAUAUUGCUGAUCAGGGUCAAGUUCUGGUGGUUGUCACAGCAUCUGUAGGAGGUUUCUCCCUUCUGGUUAUCCUUACCCUCUUCCUUCUAAUCACUGGACGGUGUCAGGGGUACAUUAAAGCCAGGAUGAAGUCAGAGGAGAAGAGAAGGACACGCUUUCACAGUGGACACGUCCCAUUUUCUGGAAUAAAGACCUAUGUGGAUCCAGAUACAUAUGAAGACCCCACUCAAGCUGUGGAGGAAUUUGCCAAAGAGAUAGAACCCUCUUACAUAUGCAUCGAGAGGGUGAUUGGUGCUGGCGAAUUUGGUGAAGUCUGCAGUGGUCGUUUGCGUGUGCCAGGAAGGAUGGACAUUGCUGUGGCAAUUAAGACUCUUAAGGGUGGUUAUAUGGACCAACAAAGACGAGAGUUUUUGCGUGAGGCCUCAAUCAUGGGGCAGUUCAACAACCCCAACAUCAUCAGGCUGGAGGGAGUGGUCACUAAGAGCCGACCAAUAAUGAUAGUGGUGGAGUACAUGGAAAAUGGAGCACUUGAUGCUUUCCUCCGAACACGUGAUGGUCAGUUCACCGUGCUGCAGCUGGUUGGCAUGCUGCGUGGCAUCGCAGUUGGUAUGACCUACCUUUCAGACAUGGGUUAUGUUCACAGAGACCUAGCUGCUCGCAACAUCUUGGUGGAUGAAAACUUGGUGUGUAAGGUCUCAGAUUUUGGCAUGUCCAGAGUUCUUGAAGAUGAUACUGAAGCAGCCUACACAGCUACAGGAGGAAAGAUACCAAUACGCUGGACAGCACCAGAGGCUAUUGCUUAUGGAAAGUUUUCUUCGGCUAGUGAUGUAUGGAGCUAUGGCAUUGUCAUGUGGGAGGUGAUGUCAUAUGGAGAGAGGCCCUACUGGGAGAUGUCCAAUCAAGACGUCAUUUUAUCUAUUGAAGAAGGCUACCGUCUGCCAGCACCAAUGGGCUGCCCUGUGACGCUGCACCAGUUGAUGCUGCACUGCUGGCAGAAGGAAUCUAGCCAGCGCCCGCACUUCAGUGAUGUGCUCGCUUUCCUCGACAAACUCAUAAUUAAUCCCAGUGGGCUGCUGAAUCUAGCCAAUGAUGUUCAGAGUUUUGCUGACUCCCCAGAUGAUAUGCCAGAUUACCCUCUUUUCAUCUCUAUUGGCGACUGGCUUGACUCCAUCAAAAUGAGCCAGUAUAAGAACAACUUCCUUGCAGCAGGAUACACGACACUGGAUUCUAUUUCAACCAUGAGUAUAGAUGACAUUAGACGUAUUGGGAUCUGUUUGAUUGGCCAUCAGAGGAGAAUCAUAAGCAGCAUACAGUCUCUUCGCCUGCAGCUUCACCACAUCCAGCAGAGUGGCUUUCAAGUGUGAGACCAUCGCACAGAGUCAGACUGUGUGGACACACUGAGCUGGAAACAACUUCCUUUGCAUCGUCAUUCAACUAAUUGCACAAAACACCAGACUGUUAGGUGUAGCAGGUACCACAUGAUGCUUACAUGAGAGCGCUCUGCUGCUAGAUCACAUGUGGUCUAGUAAGUACACACUCAUCAUCUUAUGGAUCAUUAUCAAUACAGCCUCCACAACAACCAACCUCUGGCGUUGGCCAAAUGCGGUCUCUAUUAUCUCAGCAAAUACUAGCAUUCACUUGAAUUUAGGACUUCUUUUCUCUAGUGUCUAUUCAAGUGUUCACCAAUACCUCUUCUCUUUCCAAGUGACAAUCCAAUGGUUUGUAUUGACUUUAAAUGGUCUAAAGUUUGUUACCUCAUGACCAGAGAAGAUGAGGACAGGAAAAAUCAUUUGGUGAUGUGUGGUACAGUGUGUGACUUUAAUAACUACCUUUCCAGCUGGUUUAUGAAACACUUCACUUAAAAUAAAGAUUGACCGGAUGGUAAAAUACAAUCAUGUUUUUUGAACUGAAGACCGCUGAAUGUCAAAAGAUUUUAUAGAAAUGUAUGUUCUCUCUUCAUGAUGAUGAUGAUGAUGAUGCA